AUGUUUAGUCAUUCUUUAGAUAUAAUAUUGUUUGAUGUCAAAUUAAAUUCUCCUUAUAAAAAUUUAAUUUUAUUAAAAGGAAAUGAAUAUGAAAUAGAAACAGUUCCAUUAAUUGGUAGAGUGAAAUUAUCUUUAAAUGAAGAUGCUUAUGUUAGAGCAAUCCAUUUAUCACUUAUUGGAGAAUUUCAUUAUGAUUUUUUACGAAUGGAUAAAUUAGGUUAUGUUUGUGAUAGAAAAUUUGAUCAUGUAUGUGUAUUAAAUGUGGAUUGGGCCAAUUUAUUGACUAGUGAACAAGGGGAUAUUAUAUUUGGGACAUAUGGAGAUACUACUAUGCCUUUUAAUAAAUUAAAAUCAAGGAAACAGGAUGGUUUAUCAAGAACAUUAUCAAAUCGAUCAUCUGUGUCUAACGUUGAAUUGAAUAUACCGGAAAGUGGACUAGAUGGAACACCAUUCAAAGGAAUAGAUCCUGCAUCUCUCCAUCUGAAUAGGUUCUUGUUACCAAAGGGUAAUUAUAGUUUACCAUUUAGUGUGUAUCUACCGACAAAUGUCGCCGAGACUGUUGAAGGAUUAUCAGUGGCAAGUAUUCAAUAUCGAUUACAUUGUGAAAUUGAACGAGGAAGAUUUGAAAAGAAUCAUUCAACUUCUAAAUAUUUAAGAAUUGUUCGAACUUUACAUCCUCAAAAUUUUAAUUUAUGUGAUACUUUAGAAGUUAACAAUACUUGGCCAAAUAAAGUUGAAUAUUCGGUAAAAGCUCAUAAAAAAGGUAUAGCUAUUGGAUCAACAAUACCGAUUGAUAUAUUAAUUAUCCCCAUGUUGAAAGGAUUAUCUUUAAAGGGAAUCAAAUGUAGUAUUGUUCAACAUUAUCAUGUAAAACUUGAUGAUAUACGAUCUCCAGAAUUUGAGAAAAUAAUCGGAUCAACCGAUUUGGCAGUACCUAAUAUGGAUGAUCUUGAAUAUGAAAAAUGGAGUUUCAAAACCUAUUAUAAGGUUCCAGAGCAAUUAAAAAUAUUAACUCAAAGUUGUGAUUGCAAAAAUAGCAUGAUCGUCGUUAAACAUAGAUUAAAACUUGUCAUUCAAAUAAGAAAUCCAGAAGGUCAUGUAAGUGAAUUAAGAAUAAAUUUGCCGAUAUUUGUUUAUAUUAGUGCAAAUGCAGGUAGAGUAGUUGGAAGACACUUCACCAUUGAUGAACCAUAUGGAACUUUUCAUCCUUGUGAUAGUACUGAAGAUGUUUUAUUUAAACAUCCAGAACACCCAUCAUUAUCAUCUUCUGCACGUAGUCCUCCCUCAUCAACCGAAACUGAUAACGAAGAUGAAAUUGAUGAUGUCGAUCUUGCAAGUCUUGAUAGACAAGAAGAAGCACCGCCAUUAUAUCAAGAACACGUAUACGAUGAAGUAUUUGAUGCAGAUAAUCCUCCACAAAGUCCAUUAAUCAGAAUACAUUCUCCUGGAAAUUCUCCAAGUCUUAUGAAUACAACAAAUAGUUCGUGUGAGGAUUUGUCGUCAGAUAAUGAUUAUCCCAUAUCCAUGGUCAGUUCAAUGGAAAGUGCAUUUGGAGACGGGAUGGUUCCUGCUCGUACCAUUAAUAGUUUAGAUUUAUCAAGAGUGCCGACAUAUCAAGAAGCUAUUGAAGAAGAUUAUAUUGAGGAUAAUUUACCUGAUGUAUUUGCUCCAAUAUAUCCUGGAAAUCCUCGCGAUGAUGCAUUAUCGAAAAUACAGUCGGCACCUGUGGAAAAUAAUAAUGCCAGAGGAAGACUGUUGUUUCGGGGCGGGAAAGAUAAGCCUCGUCUGGCUUCGGAAACUAGAGAUGGAUAUGAUGUUAAGAGGAAUGGGAGUGGGAUUUUUGGACGGUUGUUUCAUUUCGGAAAGAGUAAAAAAAAAGUAGCUCUGUAA